AUGAAAGUGCUUUGCAAUGCGCUUGAUCCUUUCGAUUACAAUGAUGAUGAUAUAUUCAAUGAGGCUGAACCCCCGUUAGAUUUAUCUGCCGGAUCAAUUUUAGGACAUCUUUGCAAUGCAUUAUCAUUAUUACCAAUCGAAAAGCAAAUGCUUAUGAAUGUUGUUAAGACUUUGCCCCCAGAUGUUCAAUUAACUAAAGAUUACGUCGAUACGGUUAAAAAAUUAAGUUUUGAGCACCUUGUCAUUCUUCUUACAUCCGAAGGAAAUUGGAAAAAUCUUGCAGCACAGUUCCUUAUCACAUUCCCUCUAUUUAACUCACCAAAAUAUCUACUUGCAUGCCUAUUUGCACGCUAUUUCACAAAUUAUAAUUCUUCUUUAGCAAAUGUCACAUCACUUGUUGAGCUAGAGCAAACUCGUAAGAGAGUCAUUACAUUCUUGAUCAUGUGGAUGUCUCUUGCACCAUUUUAUUUCAACGAGACUUUAUUAAAUGCAAUUCAACUUUUCUACAACAUGGUUUCAAUUGGACACCUUUCUGAAGCAGAAAAGAUUAUGAUUACAAGUUUAAGUAAUCAAAUGGCCAUUAUGAAUGAAACAGUUGUUGAUGAUUUGACUUCACUUAUGCUGAAAACAACUGAUAAUAAGAUUUUGGGUCCUAAAUCAACAUUCCCGAUUCUUCAAAAGACUCAUCCUCAGCAGAUCGCACUCCAGAUCGCAUUACAAGAUUCCUUGAUUUUCGGAGCUAUAAGUCCUAGAGACGUUAUUGCCUGCAUUGGUGGCCAAUUGACUGCAAAGAAUUCUCCUUCAAUCAGUUUCUUGCAAGAACAUUUCGAUACUUUAUCACAUUUCGUCGCUUUCUCGGUUAUUUUCGAAAGAGAAGUUAAGGUUCGUGCUACGGUUUACUCUAUGUGGGUCAGCAUCUUAUUUGAACUCAGAAAAGUUAACGAUUUUUGUGGCAUGUUUUCGAUUUAUGGCGGAAUUACGCAUCCUUCUGUCGAAAGGCUCAAGAGUACUAUUGAAGAAGCAUGGAAAACCAUGGGUCCAAAAACAAAACGCGAAUUUGAAACAAUCAAGAAUAUUUGCAGUUUCAACAACAAUUUCCAUGGUUACAGACAAGCUGUAUUAAUUAGCCAUCCUCCAUGUGUUCCUUUCUUCGGCUGUUUCCAAAAAGAUUGGGUAUAUUUCCAAGAGAUGAACGAAUUUCAUACGAAUGACAACAAAAUCGAUAUUCCUACAAUAGGAAAAGCAUAUGAAUUAUAUGCUGCUGUCCAAAAGUAUCAAAAGGUUAAGUAUGAAAUUAGAGAAGAUAUAACGAUUCAAAAAAUUUUGUUCAACAUUUCUAAGGAUCUCCUAGAUAGUGUCAAGCUCAUGCAGAUUUCUGCUCUUCAAGAAACCAUGUAUAAUAGAUAA